AUGAAGGACUAUUAUCCAGUCUCAAUGCCUCGGUACGCCAGGAGAUGGAGAGCCUCUCGCACUGUCCACUUUCCCAAUGAUGUCGUCUUUCAGGACCACAUCAGGCAGGGGGACCUGGAACAGGUGGGCAGAUUUAUACGCACCAGGAAGGUCACUUUGGACACCAUCUACCCUUCCGGCAUGGCCGCCCUCCACGAAGCCGUGCUCACGGGGAACCUCGACUGCGUCAAGCUCCUGGUGAAGUACGGCGCCGACAUCCACCAGAGAGACGAGAACGGCUGGACGCCCCUGCACAUGGCCUGCAGCGACGGCUACGCGGACAUAGCCAGGUACCUCAUCUCCCUCGGGGCCAGCCCGGAGGCCACCAACGACGCCGGGGAGAAGCCCGCGGACCUCGUGGACCCCGAGUACAAGGAGCUGGUGCAGCUCUUCGAGGCCGCCACCAUGGACUGAGGCCGGGCGGGGGGUCGCAGGGAGCAGCGGGCCUCGCUCCGGGCCUCCGAGCAGCG